GGCUGGGCUCCACCCACGAAGAGAGUUUAUCAGGGAACCAGGAAGAGCGGGGCUGACUGAAGGCUCAGUGUGAAGGGAAGAAGAGCACUGACAGCUCGCACACCUUCCUUCGGAGGAGUCUGCAUGUUGGGAGUGGUAGUCCCUCCUACCUUGUGCAGAGCCGCCUGCGCUUUACAGGUUGGUGCAAAAGCAAAACUACCUUUAUGCACCACGGGCUGCGGGUUGACAAGAUGAAAUCUCCCGGAAUGGUUUUGAUGGCCUGGAUGUUAUUUUGCUUUUUUAGCCCAUCAGCUGGUUACCCAAAUGGAAAAGUUGAAGAAUCCUGCAAUAGUAUGAUACCACUCCAUGGACACUCAUCUCAAAAAAUUCCUAAACACACAAUUGAAGUGAAUGUGACACAGUUUAAACCAGGCGAUCAUGUGAAAGUGAGUUUAUUUGGGUCUCCAUUUGAAGGUUUUUUGCUACAAGCCCGCAAUGCUGGGAACCUGGGAGGUCCUGCCAUUGGCUCUUUUGUAUUGGCUGACAAAAAAAGAUCUCAGUUACUCACCUGUGGACAUGUAAAGAAGUCAGCUGUGAGCCAUACAAGUAAAUCCAAGAAAACCCAUCUAGAUGUCUACUGGAUUUCUCCAAGAGAUGCACCCAAAAGAAUACAAUUUCUAGCCACAGUUGUAGAAAAGUUCCACAUCUUUUGGGUAAAAAUUCCUGGCCCUGUGAUUUCCCAGCCUGAUACACCAUUCUUGACAACAACUGUGACCAUUCCAACAUCACUUCCUGUUCCUCAUUUAACCCAGUCUUUUAAUGCUUCAGACUGUGGAAUCAGAAAGUUCUGUGUGAGAAGUCCUUCCAAUUGUGAUCCUAAAGCCAAUGAUUGCUUCUUUCUGUCCUUCAAACAAGAUGAUGCCUCGGUGUUGGUGGAAAUGAGUGGUCCUAGUGAAGGCUAUAUUGCAUUUGCAUUGUCUCAUGAUCAGUGGAUGGGUGGUGGUGAUGACGCAUAUCUCUGCAUUUCUGAAGAUCAUCAGGUUGACAUCAAAGCAGCCUCUCUGGUGGGGCGAACUUACCCAGCGAUUGAUUCAGAGGAUGAUCUUGAAGAGAAGUCGUGGAGAGUGACUGAUGGCCUUAUGCAGUGCUCUUUCAGAAGGAGAAUGAAGCUUCCUGCUUUUAAAGAGAGGUUUAAUCUAGACGCAUACUACUACAUCUUUCUAGCAGAUGGUGAAGUCAGUGAAGGAGGUAGAAUCCAUCAACAUCACCGACAGCCUCUAAUAACAAAUAGCAAAUAUAAUGUUUCAGGACCACCAAAGGAUAUUGGAGGAUCCCGUUCCCCAUUUCUUAUUAAAAUCCAUGGUGCAUUAAUGUUUGUUGCAUGGAUGUCUACAGUUAGUAUUGGUGUGAUCGUUGCCCGAUUCUUCAAGCCAGUCUGGCCACAUGUGUUGCUGUUUGGAGAAGAAAUCUGGUUUCAGGUCCAUCGAAUGCUAAUGAUGACAACACUGUUCCUUACGAGUGUGUCUUUUGCUCUUCCAUUUUUGUACCGUGGAGGUUGGAGUGAACAAGCAGGUUUUCAUCCAUAUCUUGGCUGCACAGUGAUGGCACUGGCAAUUGUUCAGCCCCUCAUGGCAGCAUUCAGACCACCUUCACAAGCACCAAGAAGGGAAAUAUUUAACUGGUUACACUGGAGCACUGGGACAACUGCUAGAAUACUUGCUGUGGUGACAAUGUUCCUGGGAAUGGACUUGCCAGCUCUCAACCUACCAGACCCAUGGGAUACAUAUGCCAUGAUUGGAUUUGUCGCUUGGCAUGUCGGCACUGAUAUUCUUCUGGAGGUUCAUGGCUACUAUCUAAUUCGCAAAGUUGAAGUGGUGGAAGAAGACAGGAUACAAAUUUUACAGUCUGUUAACUCCACAGAGGCACAGGGCCAUACAUUUAAGAAGGCAGUGCUGUUCAUCUACAUUUGUGGAAACAUAGCAUUCCUCAUCACCUUCCUGACGGCAAUUGUACGAAUAUGACUGAAGAGGACUUGGAUACUCUGAAAAUAUGGUGUGAAAGGAUUGCCACUCUCAGACUAUACUGCUGUUCACAGCAGAAAGACCAAUCUCUGAAUGAAACUCUUAUUACAAAUCCAGUAUUUAAGAAAGUGUGUGUGAAUUGCUGCCGCACAAUCAUUGGAGGAUAAAAUUAGAUAUAUUGAGCACUGAUGUCACAGCCCUGAUUUGGAGCUUCCUUUUUCUUCCUCAUGACUGAAUGUCUCACUAAAGUUUCAUCUGCCUCAGAAGAUUAUAGAAGAGGAUAUUGCUUUCAGCAAGUUCGGUUUGAUGCUUCCUGUGUAUCUAAACUGACCUACCUGCUGUUCUCAUUCAUCAACUAUGUUUUCAUUUCCUUCUCAGAACGCAGUUCCUAAUAAGCCUGUUUGUCCUGUGACAAACAGCCACCUUACAGUGUAAGAGAACAUGGAACUCCUUCUCUUUGGAGUCUAUAGGAUCAAGGAUAGCUUGUAGUCCAUUCUAGUCAAGUUGAACACAAAUAAUUGUUGCUACAGUGUUAUGGAGCUAGACUUGGAGAAUAAUGACUUUGACAAGUGGUGCCCCAUUUUUGUAUUUUGACUUCAGCUGAGACUGAGACACUAGAUUUUAUGGACCUUUGACUUUUCCAUGGGGAUUGCAGCUGUUAAAUCUGGAAAUUUAAUAGCUCCAUGAGAAUGGAGCUUAGAUAGGUCUUAAAUACCUGUUGAUACCACCGCCAUUCCUGGUUGAUGGAGAAACAUAUUCUUAAAGGAACAACGUAAAGAGGAGGAGUGAAUGAAUGUGCUUCAAAGAUUUUGUUGAUGAAAUAAUUCAGGAUUUUUAGUUUAAAUGACAGGAUGUGAGUGUCAAAAGAGAGCAUUCCAAGAGCAAUAGAAACUGUUUGAACUUCCUUGCUCAUUUUGUAACUUCAGACCUUGCACAUUUUGUAACUUCAGAUUUGCACAUGAUAAUGAGUGGGUCUCCCCCUCUCUGUUCAGCCAAAGUUUCUUUUAAAAAUAACUAGCCAUUCUGUAAAUUGUAGGCCUGUUUGUCUGGAUGUUGGUCCUCUUCCAGAAGCCUCUGGCCCUGGAAAGUUUAAGGAACAUUUGGAUAUGUCUUGGAGGAUGAAGAGGAUUUUGUAGGAUGGAAAACUUUCAUUGUAUGAGCUGAUCUUUCUUACACAUCACAACACUAAAUGGAAACAGCUUGUGCUAACUUACUAUGAGUAUAGUUUAUGUAAAUGCUAUGCAGAUCACUGGAUUUCAUGAUCCCUGAAAGUGCCCAUAGAUAAUAACUCGUAGUUCCCUUGAUCUCUAAUUGCUUUCGUAUCUUGCCACACUCAAAAACACAAAUGUGGGGCUUCUUUAUACUAAGGUUUUGUAGUUUUGCAUUCCAUUCCAAUACUUGAUACUUUUAUCUUGUUCUGAAAGUAUGACAUGUUUAUAUUAAAAUGUUUAUUAUAUUAA